AUGUCCGGCGCGCUGCUACGGCUGCAGAACCUCGCUGCGCAGCUGUUCCCCUCACCUGCCACUGCCUCGGCUAAGGGCGGCAGCAGCUCCCACCAAGCUACCAACAACGCACUGGAAUACAAUCACCGCUACAAUUUCCACACACUUUCGCCCACCAGCUUCUUGCCGCGUGCGGCAGCUAUAGAGCCAAAUGCAGAGGCAAUUCAUCACGUCACAGCCAACGGCCGCACCUUGCGCCGUACGUACGAAGAGGCGGCAGAUCGUGCCCGCGGACUAGCGUAUUUCCUAAAGAAGCACGCCUACAAGCGUGUCGGUAUUCUCGCGCCCAACACCCCGGCUUUUCUGGAGAGUUUGUUUGGCAUCGCCGCGGCGGGUGCAGUCAAUAUCGCUGUCAACUACCGUCUCAAAUCCGAGGACAUAUCCUAUAUCUUCCAGCACUCGGGUGCAGAUAUAAUCAUUGUCGAUGCCGAAUUCACGUCGUUGCUCGACAGCUACCGCGCCACCAGCCCCUCGAUUCCCAUUCUCGUGGACACGGAUACGGAUGCUACCGAGGGCGAGCUGAGUGGUCCGUUUGACGAAGCCGUACUUGAGGGUUUGCACUACGAUAAGCAGCAGGGUAGCAAGGGCUGGUCGGGAUUGGAGGCGCAGGCGGCCCACGAGGACGAUGUCAUUGCUUUGGCAUAUACAAGCGGGACGACGGCCCGACCCAAAGGAGUCGAGUACACGCACCGAGGCGCGUAUUUGGCUGCGAUGGGUAACGUGGUGGAGAGCGGAUUGAACUUCCAUAACGGCAGAUGUGGCUACCUGUGGACGCUGCCUUUGUUUCAUGCCUGUGGCUGGACCUUUCCCUGGGCAGUUACGGCUGUGCGCGGAACCCAUUAUUGUCUCCGAAAGAUUGACUAUCCCCGGAUUUGGGAGUUACUUAAACAAGGAAAGAUCACUCACUUUAAUGCCGCACCCACGGUCAACACGCUGUUGUGUGCCGCGGACGAGGCAGAACGUCUUCCCCAGCCGGUCCGGGUGACCGUGGCCGCUAGUCCACCAACCGCGCAUCUUUUCGAGACCAUGACGGAUCUGAACCUCCAUCCUGUGCACGUCUAUGGAUUGACUGAGACGUACGGGCCUAUUACGAAGGGCUACCAUAUGCCUGAAUGGGAGGAGCUGCCCUUGAAGGAAAAGUACGCAAGGAUGGCGCGGCAGGGGCAUGCCUUCGUGACGAGCCUUCCUAUCCGCGUGGUCAAGACGGAGCUUCCGGAGGGGGAGAUCGUCGACGUAGAGAAGAAUGGAACGGAGAUCGGAGAAAUCGUCUUCACCGGAAAUAUCUGCUCCAAGGGUUACUACAACGACCCGGAAGCCACCAGGAAGCUGUUCGCUGGUGGUGUGCUGCACUCGGGAGACCUGGCGGUAUGGCAUCCUGACGGCGCGCUCCAGAUCCUGGACAGGGCAAAGGACAUCAUCAUCAGCGGUGGCGAAAACAUUUCCUCUGUAGCCUUGGAGGGUAUGCUCGUGACUCAUCCGGAUGUGUUGGAGGCAGGCGUCGUGGCGGUCCCCGACUCGCACUGGGGCGAGAGGCCAAAGGCGUUCAUAACGGUCAAGCAGGGCAAGGCGUUGGAGGGCGACGAGCUCAUCGCGUGGGCGAAGAAGCACAGCGCAAUCAGCAAGUUCAUGGUGCCGCGCGAGGUGGAGGUGGUGGAGGAGCUGCCGAAGACGUCGACGGGGAAGGUGAAGAAGAACGUGUUGCGGGAGUGGGCGAAAGGAGCGGAUAGAUGGCCGGCGAGGUAA